AUGGUGGAAGAUACUGAUAGAAUGAAGGAAGCAGUCCCCGAGAGUGGGGCUCCAGUUGAGAAGGAAGAGAAGCCUCGUAAGGACAACAUGAAUGAAGAAGAACAACUGUCUGAAGAGGAUCUGAAGCUUAAAACAGACUUGGAAUUACUAGUUGAGAGACUGAAGGAGGAUGAUCAAAGUCUAUAUCAACCAUCUUUGGAUCAAUUGAAGGAUUCUAUAAGAAGUUCAACAAGUUCGAUGACCGCUGUGCCCAAACCUUUAAAGUUUCUACGUCCAUCGUACCCUGGUUUAUGUGCACUUUAUGACAAAUGGAAUGACAAGACAUUAAAGGCCUCCCUUGCAGAAGUUUUGUCUGUUCUGGCAAUGACUUAUUCCGACAACGACAAGCACGACUCUUUGAGAUAUGCAUUACUAUCUGGUGCAAAAAACAUCGAGAGUUGGGGCCAUGAAUACAUUCGUCAUUUGGCACUUGAAAUUGGUGAAGUUUACAACGACCAGAUGGAGAAAGAAGGACCUAGUAGUGGUACACCAGAGGGACGUGAAAGUGACAGCGAAAGCUCAAAAUGGAGCUCUUUUGAGUUUUCAAAAGAAGAGAUUUUGGAUUUAUCGUUGGAAAUUGUUCCAUAUUUCUUGAAACACAAUGGCGAGACUGAUGCUGUUGAUCUACUGCUAGAAAUCGAAUCCAUCAGUAAGCUACCGCAAUUUGUCGACGAAAACACAUACGACAGAGUUUGUCAGUAUAUGGUGGCAUGUGUACCUCUAUUACCACCACCAGAGGAUGUUAACUUUUUGAAAACUGCAUAUUCAAUCUACUUAUCAAAGAACCAAUUAACCGAAGCUUUAUGUUUGGCUAUCAGGUUAGGAGACGAGUCUUUGGUUAGAUCAGUUUUUGAUGCUACAACUGAUGUUGUUGUUCAAAAGCAACUUGCAUAUAUUUUGUCUUACCAAAAGUCAUCCUUCGAAUAUGAAGCUGUGCAAGACAUCAUUGGCAAUACGAAAUUUUCGGAACACUUUUUGUAUUUGGCUAAGGAACUCAAUCUAACCGUUCCAAAGGUUCCAGAGGAUAUCUACAAGAGUCACCUAGAUGGAUCCAAAUCUGUUUUUUCUGGGGCUGGCCUAGAUUCUGCUCAGCAGAAUCUAGCUGCGGCGUUUGUUAAUGGUUUCAUGAACAUGGGAUACUGCAAUGACAAGAUGCUUGUGGAUAACGAUAACUGGAUUUACAAGACCAAGGGUAGCGGUAUGACUUCUGCUGUCGCAAGUAUUGGUUCCAUCUUUCAAUGGAAUUUGGAAGGGUUACAGCAAUUGGACAAAUACCUUUAUGUCGAAGAACCUGAGGUGAAGGCUGGUGCAUUACUUGGUAUCGGUGUAUCAGCGUGUGGUGUUCAUGACGGUGAUGUCGAGCCAGCUUUGCUGCUUCUACAGGACUAUGUCACAAACUCCAACACGACCAUCAGCUCUUCAGCCAUUCUAGGUCUUGGGAUUGCCUUUGCAGGUAGCAGAAAUGUAGAAGUCUUAGGCCUUCUACUACCAUUGGCCGCCGAUACCUCACUACCGAUUGAGACAUCUGCCAUCUCUUCUUUAGCGUUGGCUCACAUCUUUGUCGGAACUUGUAAUGGAGACAUAACGGCAUCAAUAAUGGACAAUUUUUUGGAGCGUUCGGGAAGUGAUUUGAAGACCGAGUGGGUCAGAUUUUUGACUUUGGCAUUGGGUAUUCUUUAUAUGGGUCAAGGUGAACAGGUAGACGAUGUAUUAGAAACCAUCAGUGCAAUUCAACACCCUAUGACAUCAGCUAUCGAAGUUCUUGUAAGUGCAUGUGCGUACGCAGGUACUGGUGACGUCUUGCUAAUUCAAGAUCUAUUGCAUCGUUUAACUCCUAAGGCUACUAAGAAGGAAGGUGCAGAUGAAGCAGAGGAUGAAGAAGAAGAAGAAGAAGAAGAAGAAGCUGAAGUUAAUGCUGUUACUGAUUUCUUGAACGACGCCGCUAAUAAUGAUGACAACGCAGCUCCAACUGAAUCAAUGAAAGUUGAAGAAGAAGGUGAUGACACCCAAGAAGAAUCAAAGAAGGUAGAAAAUGGCGGGGAAGAUGGUGGUGACGCCGAGCUGGCUAAGGAAGAAUCUGAAGAAGUGAACACAGUUAUGGUAGAUGAGUUGUCCUACGCAGUUUUGGGUAUCGCGAUGAUCGCACUUGGUGAGGAUAUCGGUAAAGAAAUGUCUCUGCGUCAUUUUGGUCAUCUAAUGCAUUACGGCAACGAGCACAUCCGUAGUAUGGUUCCUUUGGCGAUGGGUCUUGUCUCUGUUGCAGACCCACAAAUGAAAGUAUUCGAUUCUCUAUCACGUUACUCCCAUGACGCUGACCUGAAUGUUUCAAUGAAUUCUAUCUUUGCCAUGGGUCUAUGUGGUGCCGGUACGAACAACGCCAGACUAGCGCAAUUGCUAAGGCAACUAGCUAGUUACUAUUCGCGUGAGCAGGAUGCAUUAUUCAUCACAAGAAUGGCACAAGGUCUAGUCCAUAUGGGUAAAGGUACCAUGACACUUGAUAUAUUCAACGACGCCAGCGUUUUGAAUAAAGUCACACUGGCAUCUUUGCUGACGGUGCUGGUUGGUUUGGUAUCUCCAAGCUUCAUGCUGAAGAAUCAUCAACUAUUCUAUAUGCUCAACAGUGCUGUAAGGCCCAAGUUCAUCUUGACGCUUGACGAAGAAGGCCAACCAAUCAAGGUGAAUGUACGUGUUGGUCAAGCAGUAGACACCGUUGGUCAAGCGGGUAAGCCUAAGAGAAUUACGGGCUGGAUCACACAGUCCACACCAGUUCUCUUGAAUCAUGGGGAAAGAGCAGAGCUGGAAACAGAUGAGUACAUCAGCUACACUAGUCAUAUCGAGGGAGUCGUCAUCCUGAAGAAGAAUCCUGACUUUGAAAAGGAAGAAUAA